AGAGAGAGAGAGAGAGAGAGAGAGAGCGCACAAGAGAGCAAAGGGUGACGAAAGAGAAGAAACACUCUAAACUCAAAUCCCUCCACAGUCCUCCAGCAGCCGACACAACAGCCGUCCACAUGAGCGCUUCGUGGUCCAGAAAAGAGCCCGAAAAGCCCGAUCUGGUAUCCAGCAACCGGACCAAAAUGCCCAGCCACGACAAGACUGAGAAACCCAAGAGACCGGAGGUGUCCAGCCUGGUGGCCAAAGGUCCUGCCCAACGACUGAGCCGGGACCUGACCUGCUCCAUCUGUCUGGACCUGUUCAAGCAGCCUGUAUCUCUGCCCUGCGACCACACCUUCUGCCAGGCCUGCAUUGUGGGCUACUGGAAUGGGCCCAGGGCGCCGGGUCAGCCCGGAACCGGGUCCUGCCCACAGUGCCGCAAGAUCUUUCACGGGCAAAGCUACAGGCCCAACCGCAUCGUAGCCAACAUCGUGGAGAGCUACUGCCAGGGCCUGGAGGAGAGCGGCGGCCGGCUGGACGUGGUGACCCCGGUGACCUCGAUGAUGCCCGUGCCGCGUUGUGGACGCCACUGUGAGGAACUAAAGCUCUACUGCGAAGAGGACCAGGAGCUGGUGUGCCUCGUCUGCGGCGUCUCCCAGGAACACCGCGCACACACACUAGCGUGUGUUCAGGAUGCUCACCAGAAUCACAGGACGUCUCUGAACAACUCGGCCACAGCUCUGCAGGCGGAGCUAAACACAGCGCUGCAGUGCGAGAGAGAAACCGAGGACGAGGUGAAGAAACUGAAGGAACACACGGCGGAUCUGAAGCAGAGGAUCGAGGCCCAGUUCAGUGACCUGCAUCAGUUCCUGUACCAGGAGGAGAAGCUGCUGCAGGUGAAGCUGAAGACGGAGGAAAGGCGGGAGCUGAUCCGGCUGGACGAGCACAAAGCUCUGCUGUGCGUGGAAAUAUCCCGCCUCCGCCGCGCCCUCGCAGACAUAGAGGACAAACUCAGAGAGCAGGACCCCUACACACUCCUCAGGAAUAUCAAGACCAUGCUGCAGAGGCAGCCGCUGAAGUUCGAGAGGCCGGCGCUGACCCCCCCUCAGCUGUGUGAGGGCCGGUUCGCCGGACCCCUGCAGUACCGGGUCUGGAAAUCCCUAAAAGGAAGCAUCUACCCAGUCCCGUCUGCCAUCACCUUUAACUCCAGCACGGCGAAUCCGUGGCUUAGCCUGACCCCAUCUCUGACCUGCGUCCGGUACCAGACCUUCAACAGCUCAGUGCAGGACAACCCGCAACGCUUUAACGCCGCACUGUCGCUGCUCGGCAGCCAGGGCUUCACCCACGGACGACACUACUGGGAGAUCGAGGUCUACAGCAGCGCCGUGUGGACGGUGGGCGUGGCCAGAGAGUCCGUCCCCCGGAAAGGAGUCAUUAAGGCCAUGCCAGUCAACGGCUUCUGGACCAUUUCACUGUCAUACGGCGUGCAGUACAUGGCCGGGACAUCGCCCCCUACGGUCCUGUCGCUGGAUGAGCAGCUGGACCGCAUCGGGGUGUACCUGGACUACAGGCGGGGCCUGGUCUCGUUCUACAACGCCGAGAGCAUGACCCACCUCUACACCUUCCGAGAAACCUUCACCGAAACGCUCUACCCCUACUUCAACCUGGGCUUUCUGGACAAAGUGCACGAGAACGAACCCCUGAAAGUCUUCAUGCCCAAAAUCUAAACUCUGAAUGUCAUCUUCUGAAACUUGGUUUUGUUAUUUUCUAUGGUUUUUCUCAAAUAUAUAAUAUUUUAUCAUAUAUACAGUACAGGCCAAAAGUUUGGACACACAUUCAAUGCAUUUUUUUUAUUUUCCUGACUAUUUACAUAAAAGAUUCUCACUGAAGGCAUCAAAAAUAUGAAUGAACUCAUGUGGAGUUUUAUUUACUUAACAAAAAAUGACCUGGCCUCCACAGUCACCGGACCUGAACCCAAUCCAGAUGGUUUGGGGUGAGCUGGACCACAUAGUGAAGAAGGCAAAAGAGCCAACAAGUGCUAAACACCUCUUGGAACUCCUUCCUUCAAGACUGUUGGAAAACCAUUCCAGGUGACCACCUCUUGAAGCUCAUUGAGAGAAUGAUGCCAAGAGUGUGCAAAGCAGUAAUCAGAGCAAAGGGUGGCUAUUUUAAAGAAACUAAUAUAUAUAUAUAUAUAUAUAUAUAUGUUAUUUCACCUUUUUUGUAAAGUACAUAAAACUCCACAUGUGUAAAUUCAUAGUUUUGAAGCCUUCAGUAUAAAUAAUAAUGAAACUAAAGAAAAUGCAUCGAAAAAGAGAAGGUGCGUCUAUACUUUUGGCUUGUACUGUAUACUAUUAUUUUGGAUAUUAUUACUGGCUAUUAACUGGCUAGAAUUCUCUUUAUUUGGAUCAUCUAUUAGAGAUGCUUAACUAACAUUCAAUUUCAUGUCUAUCAAAUGCAACUUAACCCUAACAUGAAAGUAAAGGAUUUUAACCAAACUCUAUUCUUACUAAAUCUAAAUCUAACCCUAAACCUUACCCUAAAAAUGUAAUGUUUAGAUUAAAUAUUGGAUUAGGGUUAGGUUUUUGGGUUGAUUCAUGGUGUAAAGUUUCUGUUGAGAAUCAUUGACAUUCAACUAUGAGUUAAGUUGCAUUCAAUAGACAUUCAGACAUUUAAUUGAAUGUUAUUAUGAGGAAUCCAAAAUGAACCACCAAAAUAAAGCCCUACCACUGCCUAAACUAACAUAGGGAGGAAUUGGGUUAAAGAACACAGUAAGAAACCAGAACGGACUGAAGCUUUUUUGGCCCAAAAAAAUGGAUUAAACACAUGACCUUGUUUUGACAUCACAACAAGGGAAGAACUGAAAAUGGGCAUUGUCUUAAAGGUCAGGUUACGAUGAGUGAAAAAUGAAGUGUACCCAAACUUCUGAUGGGUAGUAUACUCAAUUAUCAGUGAUGGGCAUUCACCGCUGUGCCUCAAAAUCAUAGACUGUUAGAAUAUAGAUAAUAUAGAAUCUGUGCCGUAUUUGUUUAUAUAUCAUAUGGAGAAAAGUAUUGGGACAUCUACACUUUUACACCUUUUUAAUUACCUUCAUUUUUUUGUAAAGCACUUUGAGCUGCAUUCUAUGUAUGAAAAUGCUCUAUAAUUAUUAAUUAUUAUUAUGAUUAUGAUUAUUAUUAAUGCUCCCAGGCUGGUCCUGGGCCAGAUUAUGUCAGAUCCCUGUGUCAUACGUCUUUUAAACUGUGCGUCAUUUUUAAUAUUUGUGUUUUGAUCUGAAUGAACAGACUGUUUAAUAUCACUAAUAGACUGACAGCUGUGAUGGAUUUAGAUUUUCAGUUUCUAAUGAAGAGGUUUUGACUCUGAAGUAAAACUAGGAAUAUAUAUAUACACAAUAUAUACACACACUGCUCAAAGAAAUGGAGGGAACACUAUCACAGUUUAAUUUAUCAGUUAAACUUUAGGAAUAUUAAUCUGACCAGUACGGAAUCAUUAGUAAUUUAAAUUGAGUUCAUCUGCUUUGGUGUAAAUGAACGAGAGAACAGGUGAUCCAGGGCGACAACAGAUACAAGACACACCCCUCAAAAGAGAGAGGUUUAGCAGGUGAUGCAACAGACUGUUACUCUCUCCUUAUCGCUCCCGACUGACUGAUUGUUUCUUCACAAUAUAUCGUGCAAUGUCACCUAAGGCAAUUAAAUCAAACACGUAAUGUUGCAAUGUUUCGGUUCUUGACACAAGAAGUAGAUACACAGCGCUGUCUCUGUGUCUGUGUGAGUGAGAGGCUGCUGCUGCCUGAGAAGCGUGAGGGCGAGGGUAAACACGAGGUAACCACAUGGCCUACAUCCACAUGGUUGGGCAUGUCCUUAUAAACGCACGUGUGGAAAGCUGAGCACCUCAGUCCAGCACAGUUUUGCAGCGCAGACAUUUCCAGUUACAGCUGAAUUCAGGCUUUUAAUCCUAGAAAAACACUCUUAUUUACCUUUUAAAAAGCCAUUUAAAUGCCUGAUUAAAGGGCAGAUUACUUUUGAUUUGCUGUUUUCCUGGGGUUUUGAGUGCUCGGUGCUGUUUAAGCUCUUGAUCGCUCCAGACGCAAGACAGCGCGCCCCUGCAUUGUUUAAUAUCGCAAUAUAUAUCGUCGAAAAUAGAACUGGUAGCACGAUCAGACAAGUAUAAAGUACUAGAGAUCCAGACUUCAUCAGAGAUCUGAGUAAAAGUAAAAAAAAUAAAAAAUAAAAGUGCUCUAUUAAAAAAGUGACUUGAGUAGAAUAGACGUGUUCUUUAAGCUCCACACUCAAAUAGAAGUACUUAAGUAUUAAAAAAAUCUUUGUUUUGUUGUAAAAUGUACUGUUAUGAAGUUAUUGCAGAAAGCAGUGCAAAAGGCAGAACGGGAGCAGCAAGGUCUUCUUAUAAGAUCAGCUUGAUCACAGUGAUAAUGUGGGUUUGGAAUGAUUCCUAACAUUUUUAUAAUUGUAACGAGUAACAACGCAGCACAUAAACAAGUAAUUAGAGUAAAAGUUUUGAACUCAUUCAAAAUAUGUAGUGAAGCAAAAAUGGUAUGAACGAACUAAACAAAUUUAUUUCAAUAAAGCUUUUAACUUUAAUCUUUAUUGAGGUGUUCCCUUCAUGUUUUGAACAGUGUAGUCCAGAAUGUAAACCAGAAUGUAGUGGACCAGGCAAGACCUGUUGCUGGUCUGAAAGCUGCUCCUGUAGGGGGCAGUAAAGUCGUAUCAUAGAUCCAGUAUUGUGAUUAUAUACUGUCUGUACGGUUGUGUUCCACUUUUUUACACUCAAUAAAAUUAGCAUGUGUGUAAA